CCGCUGGAGGAGUUUUCACCUUCCCAUAAGACAUUGCGCACUAACCAUUCAUCUCCGAACGGCGAAACAGCUGCAAGUCACCGGAUAGUGAAUAUGACAGAGAAAAAACAAACCGUAGAUCUCGGUUUACUGGAGGAGGAUGACGAGUUUGAGGAAUUCCCAGCCGAAGAUUGGACGGGGCUGGACGAGGAUGAAGAUGCUCAUGUUUGGGAAGAUAACUGGGACGACGACAACGUUGAGGAUGAUUUCUCCAACCAGUUAAGAGCGGAGCUGGAAAAACAUGGUUACAAGAUGGAGACGUCGUAGUGGCUGACGAAAUUCAAGUGGAGAACAAUAUGGACAUUUUUAUGUGAAUAUUACAGGCCCACCACAAAGAGAAAAUUUCUAGUGAUCUUUUGUUUCGUUUUGUAAUAAAUAGUCAUGGAAGUAAAAGGUUUGGACAAAGCUUUGAA